UCUAAUUGGUAACCAUUUAUAACGAACGGCCGUUGUAUCACAUCCUCUUCAUUUACUAAAUUUCUUCAGGGUGAAAAUGGCUUCCUUCUGCUAUAUUUUUGUUUACAGUGUAGUGUUCCUCCUGGUUUCGACUGUUAUUGCUUCUGCCUCUACCAAUAGAACUAGUGUAGCUGGCUCGGUUUUACCUUCAUUAGAGAUCGGAGGUCUUACGGAUGGAACCUUCAAAUGUGACCCUGAGAUCGGGAUCUACACGACUGACGUAUGGCCUCCAGCUGCAUUAUGCACAGUCUGUUUGACUUAUUGCAGAGGCUCGCUCGCUGCGAUAGGUACCAGAUUUCUUAACAUGAAAUGCUCACAUCUUCCACCAACUGGAAAAAUGAAAUGCGAAUGCUGUGUUAAAAAACCCACACCUCCACCAGCCCCACCAUGUUCCCCUCCUGCACCUUCAGGCGGUCAGUGUGAAACAGGAGACACAUACACAGAGACUACAAUGCCAACCUCAAAUUGCGCAGAUUGUACGAAUUGGUGUAAAGAAGACUGUGCGGGAUUAGGAGGUCGAGUGACUGAUGACAAGUGCGCAAUAGGUGAAUCUAAAUUUAUAAGGCGUUGCAAGUGUUGCUGUCGUGGAGGAAAUUCUGGUCCAAAGUUGUUCUAGUUUCCCUUCCGAUGCAACUUGGACCAUGCAAAUUGAAGUUAUGGUCGUCGGGAUCCUCAUUACCGGAGUCAUCAUCACCCACAUAUCAAUGUAAUAUCGAGUGGAUCCAUUAAGCAAUUCUUAUCCUCUCUUUUUUUUUCGUUUUUUAUUUUAUGGGCCAGCAACCUAUGAGCCUUGUGCCUCCAGAAACGUGUUUUUAGGCAUGGAAAAUUUCUUGUUUGGUCCUAAGCCCAUAAGGGUAUUUAUAGUAGGAUCCAACCAGAAUUUUUUUU